GCUUUCCGGAAUACUCCUCCCGCCGCUCUCUUCUGUCGAAUUCGGUCCCGCCACGUCUUGGGGGCUGCACCCCGUGGUCUCCGCCUCCUGUGUCCGUCUCGGCCGCCUGCCGCGGUUUCCGCCUCCACAGCCUCGCGGAGCCGGAGCCGGAGCCGGGGCCGGCCGCGUAUCGCGGGGGCGGGCGGGGGGGCGGGGAGUCGGCGACGCUGCUGGUCCCGCGCGCUGGAGCUGCGAAGAUGUCGGAUCUCGGGGACUGGUUUAGGAGCAUCCCUAUCAUCACGCGGUACUGGUUCGCCGGCGCCAUCGUGGUGCCCUUCGUGGGCAAACUCGGCCUUAUCAACCCAAGCUACUUUUUACUCUGGCCGGACGCCUUCCUGUACCACUUCCAGAUAUGGAGGCCAAUCACUGCAACCUUUUUUUUCCCAGUUGGCCCAGGAACUGGAUUUCUCUACUUGGUGAAUUUAUAUUUCUUAUAUCAGUAUUCUACACGACUAGAAACAGGGGCUUUUGAUGGAAGGCCGGCAGACUAUAUGUUCAUGCUUCUUUUUAACUGGGUUUGCAUCGUUAUUACUGGUUUAAUAAUGGACAUGCAGUUGCUGAUGAUUCCUUUGAUUAUGUCAGUACUCUAUGUCUGGGCCCAGCUGAACAGAGAAAUGAUUGUAUCAUUUUGGUUUGGAACACGAUUUAAGGCCUGUUACUUGCCUUGGGUCAUUCUUGUAUUCAACUACAUUAUUGGAGGAUCGGUUAUCAAUGAACUGAUAGGAAAUCUUGUUGGACAUCUAUACUACUUCUUAAUGUUCAAAUAUCCAAUGGAUUUGGGAGGAAGAACUUUUCUGUGUACACCUCAAUGUCUGUACCGCUGGCUUCCCAGUAGGAGAGGAAACGUCUCUGGAUUUGGUGUUCCGCCUGCAAGCAUGAGACGAGCUGCAGAACAUCAGCUUGGUGGAGGUGGUCGACACAACUGGGGCCAGGGCUUCCGACUAGGAGAUCAGUGAAAAACUCAGUGGUAUUCAACAAACAGUGAUACUGUGCAGUUAAGGAUUCUUCCUGGUGUGGGUUAUACUUAAGACCUGUGUUUUAUCUAAUGCUGGUGGACCUGGCCCAUGCAGAGUGUCAUUUUUUUUCGAUACAAGACAAAUUGUUAAAAGUCCUGAAGAGAAAUGUAAAAUUUCCCUCCAAAUUAGUGAUCACGCUCCACUCUUUACUACUCUGAAGAAAGAAACAUCAACUCUGCAUCUUUCAAAAUGAGCUGCUGUUUUUGUGUCUUCUCUUACCCUUCCCCCUUUUCUGAACAGUGGGUACUCUGGUCCAAGAUUGACUAGCUCUGUAGAUGUUUGUUUCUGUGGCAAUGUAACCAAAACUUUAUCAAAAGACUGAUUCUAAGGACCCCUCUCCCCAACUCUUCUCUUGCACUCCACCAAAAACGCCAUAAUCCUUUGAAAUUUAGAGAAGGUUGUUCAUUUUGUGAUGCUGCCUUUAUGGUGAGCUCUCUUAUUUUUUAUGAUACUGACUCUUGGGGUCAGCUUGGGUGCCAGGAACUAUUGUAGAAGAACAGUUUUCUUUGCCUGUGGUGGCAGAAAGGAGGAGAGGGCAUCAGACAGAGCUUGAGAAAGAAGACAGGGAGAAGAUUGGCUGAGAAUGGAAGAAGAGAUAAGGACAGAAGCUGGCUUUGGCCUGACUUUUAGCAUGUUGGGUGUUGGAAGAGGUCCAGCACUCACUCUUCUGCAGGUGUUCAUGCAGAGUUGCAGCCAGACCUCACCUGUGACCAUUUGCCACACUUCUCCAGAUAUUUUUAUGUUUCAUUUGACAUUUUAUUGAGUAAUUGAGCCCUGCAGAUUUGUAUUAGAAUCAGCAACCUUAUCCAUUGUGGAUUAUGAAUGGGAGAGUGUUGCUUGCCAGAUUUUCCCUUUUUAAAAAACAAAAGAUGUGAAUUGAUCCCAAACUGCAUUAUAUAUUAAAAGUUAAAAUAUUUUAAAAGUGAACAAACACAAGAAGGUCCAAAUGGAUUGCAAACACAUUUUGGGUUAUCAGGUGUAUUUAGAAUUGUUUCUGUUUUUGUCAUUUUGAAAUAUGAGUGUAUAACUUCUGUGAAUCAAAACAAUAUGGAAAUCUUUUUCCUAAGUAGGUUAUUUUUUUCCCCCAUCAGAGCAAGUUUUGUCACCAAAUAAAGCUUUUGAAGCCUACAGUGUUUCACACAGCUAAAUGUUUCUUUUUUCAGCAUAUGUUUUUAGUCUCAAAUCAGCUGACUUUUGCCGUCAUGUACUUAGUAGUUCCAUAAAUUUUGAGUCAGAAUGAAACAGCUUUGAAACUUUUCUGAUCCUCAAAUCUCAUUGAAAGAAGCAUCAUUCUGGGCCUUAGGGAUGCAUUGUUUCUCCAUACAUGGGCAUAUACGAGGAAUUCUGGGAUGGUUAUGUGUGUUAUUCAGGUUUUGUUGGUGGAGAAAUAAUUUCUUAUUUUCAAUACUAAAUUUACAUCUGCAUUCUUAACAUCUCCCUUUCCUCUCUAAUUUUAUUUAUAUUUUUUAAAAAGUUAGGCAGAAAGCAUCUGAAAUUUAUUGUCAUACAUAUUCUGCUGUUGGCCAUAAAUAAAGUUUACCUCUUUGA